AUGGCUUCAAAUGAGGAGCUGCAAACCGACCCUACUGCUCUUACUUUAUAUAAAGACGACAUAGAAUUCAAAAAAGAAAUCCCCAAAGAUUUAAAUAUUGACUGCUCAAUAUGUCUUGCUGUGAUAUUGGACUCUCCAUCUCAAGCCAGUUGCUGUGGACAACACUUCUGUGGCCCAUGCAUUGGAAAGGUGAAUGCUUGUCCACAAUGCCGAGCAGUUGGAGAUAAAUUCAAGGUUUUCAAAGACACAGAUUUUGAACGUAGAGUUGGUUCACUCGAGGUUUACUGUCUAAUGAAUUGGGAUAGUGAUGAUAGCUGCGAUUGGAGCGGUGAACUGCGACACUUGCAAAGGCACCUGGAUGAUUCCUGCCCAUAUGUCGAAGUGCCUUGUCCAAAUCAUGGUUGUAAUAAAUCUGGGCUUUUACGUUGUGAUUUGAAAGAGCACGUUAAAAAGUAUUGUCCCAUGAGGCCAUACAAGUGUCGACAUUGUGAUUUCCGAGACACUCAUAAAUUUGUGACAGAAAUUCAUUACGAUAUCUGUCCUCUUUUUCCUGUCUGUUGCCCAUUGAAUUGCUCGAAAGGAAAAACUUUUCCUCGUAACGAGAUUGAGGAUCAUAUAAAAAGAGAUUGUCCAUUACAGCCUGUGGAGUGCACGUAUAGUUGGCUUGGCUGUGAAGAAAAACCAGCAAGAAGAGAUCUCAACCGUCAUUGCUCUAAGCAGCAUAAAUACAUACUUUCAGAUGUAUGUAAAGAACUCUGUCAUGAGUCACAAAAAAUGGCAGAUGGUCUGAAUGCUAAUGAAACCCAUUUAGAGCAUUACAAGACUGAGCAAGGCCGUGUAGAUGAAAAAGUGUCACAGCUUGAGAAAAAAGUCACCUUACUUGAGCAACAACUGAAAACAAAUGAAAAAUCUCACAACGAAAGAACUCGACAUCUUGAACAGGCUGUCACUGAAAUGAAUAGAGAACUUCAGCAGAAAAUCCGUGCCUUGGAUAGAGAGCGUGCCAAUUUACAGUCUUCCUGUAAUAAUGUUAGUUAUAGUGUUAAGUAA